UCUACAAAUAAACAGCACUGGACCAAACAAGUCAGACAAGAUCGCGUAUCCUCGUACCAUUUAUUUCCGAACAACCUAUCAAUGUCCCUGUUUGCUCGGUGGCAAUGUCAUUGAGAAAAGAUGAACAAUGUAGUAUACAAACUUUUCCAAUCAUGUCGUAGAUUCCAUACUUCACAAAUAUCAACUCAUCAACCAUUUCCUCAAAACCAUGAUUCCAUUCCUCCCUCCACAUUUCUCUCCAACACUCUCCAGCAUUACAUCAAUUCCCAAACCCCCUCCCACGGCCAAAAACUCCAUUCCCACAUUCUCAAAACCGGGUUCAUUCCAAACACAAACAUUUCCAUCAAACUCCUUAUACUCUACAUUAAAUCCAAUUCUUUAAGAUACGCACGUCAGGUGUUUGAUGAUUUGCAUGACAGAACAUUAUCCGCUUAUAAUUACAUGAUUGGUGGCUAUCUCAAAAAAGGACAGGUUCAUGACUCACUUGAGUUGUUUCAUAGGCUUUUACUGUCCGGAGAAAAGCCUGACGGGUUUACGCUUUCAAUGAUUUUAAAAGCGUCCACGUCUACCUUGGGUGUUAAUGUUGCGAUGGUUCAUGAUCUUGGAAGAAUGGUGCAUACGCAGAUUCUUAAAUGUGAUGUUGAGAGAGACGAUGUUCUUUGUACAGCGUUGAUUGAUUCUUAUGUUAAGAACGGGAGGGUUGGUUAUGGGAGGACUGUGUUUGAUGUGAUGUCGGAGAAGAAUGUGAUAUCUUCAACGUCGCUGAUCUCUGGUUAUAUGAAUAAAGGUUGUUUUGAUGAUGCUGAAUGUAUAUUUGGGAAAACAUUGGAUAAGGAUGUUGUGGUGUUUAAUGCUAUGAUUGAGGGUUACAGUAAAACAUAUGAAUGUGCUAUGAGAUCUCUUGAGGUUUACAUUAACAUGCAACGGUUUAACUUUAGGCCGAAUCUUUCUACGUUUGCUAGCGUGAUUGGUGCUUGUUCUGUGCUUGCAGCGUUUGAAAUUGGGCAACAAGUUCAAACUCAGCUAAUGAAAACACCUUUUUUUGCGGAUGUAAAAUUAGGAAGUGCUCUUAUAGAUAUGUAUUCCAAGUGUGGUAGAGUUGAAGACGCUCGAAGAGUUUUUGACCAUAUGUUUGAGAAGAAUGUUUUUUCGUGGACAUCUAUGAUUGAUGGAUACGGGAAGAACGGGUUUCCUGAUGAAGCACUUGAUCUAUUUAGUAAGAUGCAGAUAGAAUACUGCGUUGCGCCCAAUUUUGUCACGUUCCUCAGCGCUCUCUCAGCUUGUGCACAUGCUGGACUUGUGGACAAGGGUUGGGAGAUUUUUCAGAGUAUGGAGAAUGAAUAUAGACUGAAGCCAGGGAUGGAGCAUUAUGCUUGCAUGGUUGAUCUGUUAGGGAGAGCAGGGAGGCUGAACCAGGCUUGGGAGUUUAUCACGAGGAUGCCUGAGAGACCCAAUUCGGACGUGUGGGCUGCUUUACUUAGUUCGUGCAGACUCCAUGAAAAUAUAGAGAUGGCAAAAUUAGCUGCCAAUGAGCUUUUCAAGCUGAAUGCUAGUGGAAGACCGGGAGCUUAUGUUGCACUAUCUAAUACUUUGGCAGAUGCUGGGAAAUGGGAGAGUAAGUAAUCCUCUUCUCAGUGUUAUUGCAUUCUUAUAUAACAUGUUAUAUAGCACAACUUUGAAGUACAGUGGUUUCAAGGUAAUAUUGUUUGCAAGGUUUUAAUAUGAUUUUGAAACCUCUCAUUUUAAUCUCCCCCUCUCUUUCUAUAUAUAUGCUACUGCACAUUGUCUUGAUUAGUUGUUAAUGUUUGCUCUCCUAAAAUCCUUUGAAGUAUGUAAAAUAACAAACAACUAAGUGAAUAUAAUAAAUAGUUUCGAUGCAUGUCUUGGUUUUAACUUUAAAACAUAAUAAGUGAAUAAUUGUUGUGUGCAUGAUACAUCCAUGUUUCAGUAGAGAGACAACACAUAAAAACAUUAAAAUAGCAUGCUAGUGAACUCACUUAUUCCAUUUUAUAUCAUUCUUUAAAAACCAAUCUAUUUUUGUGUCAUAAGGAUACGGAUGUUAAUUAUUUUUAAUUAUUGCUUUAUUCAGGAUUUAAUGGGGGGUGGUUUCAAAUGAAAAGUAUUAAUGACAACCAGUUAACAAGGAUUGUGAACAAUGAUUAAUGAUUGAAAUUAGAAAUUUAGUUGGCAAGUAAGGUGAAUAAUGAAGGAUUAAAAUUGUUUUUAUUAAUACUUUGGUGUGUUAAUGUUUUUAUUUUUAUUGUUCAUUCUCUUUUAUCAGUUUAUUUUAAUUGUUCAUUCACUUUAGAAAAAAUGGUGUGUUAUUGUUUUCACUGGUGUGUUACUUACAGUUUACAAUGUUGUUGCGGGCAUGUGUGGUGUCUGUUUAAAUUGAAUUAGAAUCGUGGUGUCUGCCUAAAUUGAAUUUAAGUUGUUUUCUAAUAUUUUGUAAUUUAUUCUGUUAUGGAAAUUGUGGUGUCGUUUUUUUUUACCUCCCCGUUUCACUUGGGAGGACGGCACACUAGACCCUUCACGCGAAAUUUGGAAGGAGAAUGCGCCCGGGGUGGAAUGAAUUUUGUUUCAGUUCUUCCUACGAUAUCACACAAACUUUUUAAUUAUCCUAAACGAGUAGGAGAGAGGAAAAAGAUCUCAAAUUAACUCUAGGAGUUUGCUAAGUGUGGGGAUUUCACCUAUACUAGAAAUUCUGGAGUUCGGGGGGUCGGUUAUACAUAGGGAAGAGUUUAAGCACCCUACAUAUCCGUAGUACUCUACAGGAACCUUCUCUGUGUCAUUGUGAUUGUGUUUGUUGUUAAAGAUUGGGAAAGUUUCUCCUUUGUGUUAGGAGAGAGAAUUGAAUUGAUUAAAGAAAGACAGACAGACUGACUAUUUUUGAUAUUUUAUUAGCUCGCUGAGAUUCCUUGUGAAACUCAUGCCUACAUAUCCCUAAUGGAAGUCAGAGCUUAAUGUAGUUCGGGGAACUUACUAGGGAAAUUAAUUAUUUUUGGUGCCUUGCUUGAAGCUCAAGGUUGAAGCUUUGAAUUAAAUCUUUGUUUACAGUAAAGAGACAUGAAGUCAUCUUUAUAGAGAAGUAUUUCUACUAUUCCACCACAAACAUUAAAAAAGUGACAGAAUAACUGAAUUCAUUUCAUUCAAGAGGGGGACCUUACUUGUGUAUGUGCAAGUAUACCGGUCAAUUGUGUCUUGAAUGAAAGAAAGAUGCUCAUCCAAAUUAGGGAAAGUUAAUCACAUGUCUGGGUUUUAGUGCCAGCUCAUGCCUUUCAAAAUCCUAAAUGGGAGACUUGAUUAAAAUUAAAAUGAAAUGUAAUGUUUGUUUGUUUGAGUGUGGUAGAGUAGUAAAAAUAUCUCUCUAUAGAGAUAAGCUAUGUCUAUCUACUGUAUAAAAGAUUUGACUUUAGCUGGCUUGCAUGAGGCCCAAGCUUGAGGCUUUUUGAUUGUUUUUAUUGACUCUGAGAGAUAACUCUACUGGGGGUUAAUUACAGGGAAUUUGUGUUCUGUACAAAGCCCAGAAUUGAGGCUGACUCUAGUUGGAGAGUGUUUAUUUGAUGGAUUUUAUUUGGUGUUCUGUACAAAGCCCAGAAUUGAGGCUGACUCUACUUAGGGAGACUCUAUUUGUGUGCCUUGUAUGAGGCCCAAGGUUGUGGCUGACUGCUGAGGAUAACUGAGUUUUUUAAGACUAUGGAUGACUCUAUUUUGUGUGCCUUGUACAAAGCCCAAGGUUGUGGCUACUCUAGCUAGGGGAAAGAUUAUUUUCUGCCUUGUACAAAGCCCAAGGUUGUGGCGGACUCUUAAAGAAACUGAUUAUGGAAGACUCUAUGGGGAAAAGAUCCUUGAGAUUAGGAAUCUUUGACACAGGGAAAUAUGGUUUAUCUGCCUUGUACAAAGCCCAAGGUUGUGGCUACUAAUAAGAAAGGACUCACUGGGGGAGUUUUAUUCUGCUAGAGGUUUUAACAAACUAAUUUAUUUUUUAUGUUUUUGGAAGCUAACCCUUUCCAGGGAUUUUGACUCAGCUGGAGAAAUUGUCUAUUAAAAGACUGGAUUUUUGGAGGCUAACCCUUUCCAGGGGUUUUGACUCUUUUGGGGAAUUUAUCUCUUAAAGGAGUGAGUCUUUGUUAAAAUGAUAGAAUGGUUUUGGAGGCUAACCCUUUCCAGGGGUUUUUGUUAAAAUGAAGGAAUGUGUGGAGGCUGACCAUUUCCAGGAGUUUUUGUUAAAAUGAAGGAAUGUGUGGAGGCUGACCCUUUCCAGGGGUUUUUGUUAAAAUGAAGGAAUGUGUGGAGGCUGACCCUUUCCAGGGGUUUUUGUUAAAAUGAAGGAAUGUGUGGAGGCUGACCCUUUCCAGGGGUUUUUGUUGAAAUGAAUGGCAGAAAGAUUAUCUAGUGGAGACUUCUUGUUUAAGGCCCAAGAUUAAGGCUGACUCUGACUGAGAAUAAACAAACAUGGAUCCUAGACUCUGCUAAGGAAGAUUGAUGAAGAUAAGGGUGACAGAGACUGUCCAUGUCUUUCAUUCCAAAAAGUGUACUCAAUAUGAGAUUGAGACAGUCUUAGCUUGUUUAAAGUCUGGUUUAAAGAAUGGAAGACACUCACCAGGAUAGGCUAAAAGGUAACUAAAGACCUGUUCCUAUGUUUAUAAGAAACCUGAUGGGUCCUUGUAUACAAGCUCAAGAGGAAGCUGGAAAUGCUUUUAAGAAGCAUGUGGGUCCUUGUACAAAGCCCAAGAGGAGGCUAGUCGAGGGUCAUCGAGGGUCCUUGUUAUAGCACAAGAGAAAGCUAUGUGGUUUUGAACUUAUUUUGGCUCUAAGCAAAUGGGUAAGAGGUUUCACCGGGAAUAAUUCCUUUUUGGGUGGAUGUGUCCUAUUUUGGGUUCUAAGGCUUUUGCCAAGAUGUUUCACCGGGAAUAAUUCAUCUCGGGGGUUUGAACUACAGAUCUCUAAUUAGGAAAGAGCCUUCACCGGGAAGACAUUCUCAAUCCUAGGCCAUAUUCCUAUAAUAUAUAUAUAGUUUAACUGUCCUAGGGUUUACACUCAAACGUAGUUCUAAACAAUAUAUAAACAGUUCUAUAUUUGACAGUAAUUUAAAUAAAAGACUGUAAAUUGAAAGCUUGUAAAGCCUAACCUGGAUGGAGUGGAGGCCUUUGAAGAAGUAUGUACAAAGCCUCAACAUCAAUUUUUGUUGUUUUGUUGAUAACAGUUUAAUAUUUAUUAUGAACAGUUAAGGGUUUUGAAAACAGAAGAAGUGAAGAUGGACAUAGGUCACAUAGGUAUCUGAAGAGUUUCACAGGGAAUAAUGCCCUUCAAAUACCAGAAGAAAGUUUUGAAAACAGAAAGAAGAUUUUGUAAAUACAGUUUUUGAAAACAAACUAUGAAAAGAAAAAGGUGCUGGGUCUUACACUCUAAUAGAGGCCCAAAGAUUUAUUUACUGUUU